AUGAACUACCUCAGGAGCCGGAGCCUGAAGCGGCUCCUGUCCAUCGGCCGCCGGAGCAACCCCGACGAGGACUGCGUCGUCGAGGCCGAGCCCCCGCCGCCGGUGGCGGUGGCGCCGAGCAAGCCCGCAUGGAGGUGCUUCUCCUACGAGGAGGUUGACCAGGCCACCAACGGCUUCCACCCAGACAACGUGGUGGGGCGUGGCGGGUACGGCGAGGUGUACUGCGGCAUCCUGGCGGACGGGCGGGCCGUGGCGGUGAAGCGGCUGGCGGCGGCGGCGGCGGACGAGAAGAAGGAGAAGGACUUCCUGACGGAGCUGGGCACGGUGGGCCACGUGCGCCACCCCAACGUCUCCUCCCUCCUCGGCUGCUGCGUCGACCGCGGCCUCCACCUCGUCUUCGACUUCUCCACCCGCGGCUCCGUCUCCGCAAACCUCCACGACGAGAAGCGGCCGGUGAUGACGUGGAGCCAGCGGCACGGCGUGGCGGUGGGCACGGCGCGGGGGCUCCGCUACCUCCACAAGGGCUGCGCGCGCCGGAUCAUCCACCGGGACAUCAAGGCCUCCAACAUCCUCCUCGACGCCGACUACCAGCCCCAGAUUUCCGACUUCGGGCUCGCACGGUGGCUGCCGUCGGAGUGGACGCACCACGCCAUCGCGCCCAUCGAGGGCACCUUCGGGUGCCUGGCGCCGGAGUACUUCACGCACGGCAUCGUGGACGAGAAGACGGACGUGUUCGCCUUCGGCGUCUUCCUCCUCGAGCUCAUCUCCGGCCGGAAGCCCGUCGACGGCUCCCACAUGAGCCUCCUCGCAUGGGCCAAGCCUUACCUGAAGGACGGCGUGGUGCAAGGGCUGGUGGACCCGCGGCUCGGCGACGGCGGCUACGACGCCGGCCAGCUCCGGCGGCUCAUGUUCGUCGCCUCGCUCUGCGCCAGGUCCGCUGCCGCGUGGCGUCCCACCAUGACAGAGGUGCUGGAGCUGCUGGAGUCGUCGGCCGAGAUAUCGCAGGAACGGUGGCAGAUGCCGGAGGAGGCGGUGGAGGACGAGUUCUGGGACUUCGACGACCUCACCGACUUUGAGGACGACGACUACGACGACGAUGACUACGACGGCGAAUCGGAUUCCCCCUCGAUACCCUCGUCGGCGUGCAGCAUCCACGCCAAUGAUUGA